CCAAUCGGAACAGAGAGCUGGUGAAAUCUCGUUCAGUUAGGGCUCAUCCCCAGGUAUCGCGUGGUUUCGUUCGUGGCCCUGCGCUAACAACGGCUGCAGUAAAAGCAGCUUAAUUUGCAGCUCUGCAGGAUAUCCAUGAUGAGUUAUGCGGAAAAGCCGGAGGACAUCACCAAAGAAGAGUGGAUGGAAAAGCUUAACAAUGUGCACAUACAGAGAGCAGACAUGAAUCGACUCAUCAUGAAUUACUUAGUGACAGAAGGUUUUAAAGAAGCCGCAGAGAAAUUCCGGAUGGAGUCGGGAAUUGAGCCCAGUGUGGACCUGGACUCACUGGAUGAAAGGAUAAAGAUACGGGAGAUGAUACUGAAAGGGCAGAUCCAGGAAGCCAUUGCUUUGAUCAACAGCCUCCAUCCGGAGUUGCUGGAUACCAACCGAUACCUGUACUUUCAUUUGCAGCAGCAGCACCUUAUUGAGCUGAUCCGACUGCGCGAGACAGAGUCUGCAUUGGAGUUUGCGCAGACGCAGCUGGCCGAGCAGGGUGAGGAGAGCCGCGAGUGCCUGACGGAGAUGGAGCGCACGCUGGCCCUGCUGGCCUUCGACAACCCGGAGGACUCGCCCUUUGGGGACCUACUCAACAUGACACAGCGGCAGAAGGUUUGGAGUGAGGUCAACCAGGCCGUGCUGGACUACGAAAACAGGGAAUCAACGCCGAAACUCGCCAAACUACUGAAGCUCUUACUGUGGGCCCAGAAUGAACUUGACCAGAAGAAAGUCAAGUAUCCUAAAAUGACUGACCUUAGCAAAGGAACCAUUGAGGAUCCAAAGUAACGGCAGCCUAGCACUGAUGCACUGUGGAGACAAGCCGUCUGAUCUCUUCCUGUUUAUAAGCAGUUAUUGACUGGACCCUAUAUAUAUAUACAAAAUAUGUAUGUAAAAUAGUAAUGGCAAAAAAGGUAUAUCAGAGAAAUUUCCCCUUAUUUGAAAGAAUUUGAUUGUGCAAAGUGUAUGUGGUUGAAUUUUAAAGUGAUCCUUUAGGUAAGAAGUAAACACUUUAACCUGGCAUUUUAA